CAACCACAGCUGUUCCAACAACAACCACAACUGCUCCAACAACAACCACAGCUGUUCUUACAACCACAACUCUUCCCACAGCAACCACAGAAUCUCCCACAACAACCACAGAUGCUCCCACAACAACCACUGCUGCGCCACCAACAACCACAGCUGCUCCCACAACAACCACAGCUACUCUAACAACAACCACAGCUUUUCUGACCACAGUCACAACUGGUUCUUCAACCACUACCACAACACCUGCCCCUCCACCACCAGAGGUUAAGUUGGAGUUCAAAUUAGAGCAAAUCUUCACAGCAGAGUUGAAUAAUGCAUCUUCACCAGAGUUCCAAGCAUUAGUAACCAGUGUGGCUACAGAGCUGGACACAGUUUAUCGAAACAAAUAUGGAUCCAGUUUUAAUCGCACAGAGGUUCUAGGUUUCAGUCAAGGUUCGGUUGUGGUAGAUGCUAAGCUGAUAUUUAACAAUGCCAGCUCAGUCCCUGAGUCCAGUGCAGUGGUUGCAACCUUGAUAGAGAACGUCUCAAGCAACAGCUCUUAUAUCUCUCUCCCACUGAACACAACUUCUAUCGUGGCAACAAGAGUCAUUUCAACCUCAGCUACAACUACUACUUCUACUCCAGAUCCUCCAAUAUCAACACCAUAUACGGUCAUGAACGCAACUUCAGCCCCCUCAAACAGGUCAACUACAAAUAUGGUUGUCAAUGCAACAUCGGAUCCUGUGAACAUGUCAACAAUACACAUAGUGCCCAAUGGAACAUCAGCGCCCAUAAAUGUGUUAACAUCAGCCCAAAGUGCUGUCAAUGUCACAUCAGGACCUGUAACACAAAGCAAUACAACUUCAACACUAUCAACUACAACCCCAUCUUUGUCAACUACCCCAAUAGUCAACACAACAGCUCCUUCAACUACACCCAUAGUCAACACAACAGCAACUCCAAAUACCCCAGUAGUCAGCACAACAGUUCCUCCAACUACCUCAGUAGUCAGUGCAACAACCUCUCCAACUACCAAUUUGACCGAACUAACUACCCCAUUACCAACUACACCGGUAGCAACUAACCCAGUACCAACUAUCCAAGUGCCAACUACAACGGCAUCCCGUGCAACAGAGGCGCCACUGACCAGCCCACAACUGUCACUGCAGUUCAGCCUGAUAUCUAUCUUCACUAUCUCUCUGAGCAACAGCAGGUCACCAGAGUUCCUGGCUUUGGCAAAUCAUGUGACUACACAGCUGGAUAAUUUGUUCAAGGCUCAAUUUGGAGCCAGAUUCUUUCGAACUAUUGUCAAUAGUUUCAGGUCAGGGUCAAUUGUGGUGGAGUCUACAUUGAUAUUCAACAACAUCAGCUCAGUGCCCAACAAUAGCCUGGUAGCACAAACCUUACAAACUGCCAUUACUUCCAACACGUCUGGCCUGACCUUGCCUAUCAAUUCAUCCUCCAUUGUGGUCACAAGCUCUACUACAAUGACUAAUGCAACCACCUCCGCUGCAACAACUGCUGCUCUAACUGCAGCUGUGACCACCACCACACUAGCAAAUGUCACCACGACCCCUCCGGCAGUGGCCAAAACCACCACCACCGCUGUUCCGGCAGCAACCACCACCACCGCUGUUCCUGCAGGCUGUUCCGGCAGCAACCACCACCACCGCUGUUCCGUCAGCAACCACCACCACCGCUGUUCCGGUAGCAACCACCACCACCGCUGUUCCGCAGCAACCACCACCACCGCUGUUCCGGUAGCAACCACCACCACCGCUGUUCCUGUAGCAACCACAACCACCGCUGUUCCGGUAGCAACCACCACCACCGCUGUUCCGUCAGCAACCACCACCACCGCUGUUCCGUCAGCAACCACCACCACCGCUGUUCCGUCAGCAACCACCACCUCCGCUGUUCCGGCAUUAACCACCACCAUCGCUGUUCCGGCAGCAACCACCACCACCGCUGUUCCGGCAGCAACCACCACCACCGCUGUUCCGGCAGCAACCACCACUGCUUUCGCACCAACUGACCCUCCUUCUUCUAGUGAAGGAACCCUGAUUCUUCGGUUCAGUCUCGAUGAGAAAUUCACCUCGGAUCUUGCCAACCCGUCCUCUUCAGCAUUCAAGGCUCUGGCUGGCAAAGUGGUCUCAGAGGUGAACAAGAUUUUUGCUAGAACCCCAAGCUUCCUUCGUUCCAUUGUCAACUCAUUCAAGAGUGGAUCUGUAGUUACCAACAUGACUCUCGUGUUCAGUAACAAAUCUUCGGUUCCCAGCGCAUGCAGCGCACAGGCAACUUUCACCAUCAGUUCCACCUCCCUGAACAUCCUACAGGGCAGUGUCAAUGUUGAGUCAUCAGUCAAUUCAGGAAGUGCUCCCCGACCCACUGCCUUCUGUCUGGCUUUCUUGCCUCUCACUUUGGCACUGCUAAUGGUACAGUUGCUGGCUAACUAAUAGCCUGUGUCAUAGCUCCUAUGGCAUUUUUUUCACCAAUGAAUUGUUUUCCAGCUCUCAUAGAGACAGCCUUAUGAUUAAGGACCUGCUUUGGCAGAAGAAUGCACAAUGGAUUGUGCCUGUGUUAAUUGGCAAAAUGUAUAUGUAUUUCAUGUACAUUCCCCCAAGUACAUACACAAACAAAACACACCUAAUUGUACAUUUUGAUGUCAAGUAUGAUAUUUGUGACAUUCCUUAAGAAAUCAUAUAGUUUUUUUUCUGCUAAUAAAUUUUAAAUGCAUAUACCUUUACUUACAAGUGACUGUAUUUAUACUUAACCAUAUAGGCUCCAAAGACAUUACUUAUUUAUUUGCAUCUUGCACACAGCAGCUUGCACAUGUUUUAUCUGUUAGAUUAAUACGGAAAAUAACUGAAAGAUUAGAAAACCUUUCCUACAACAUGUGACAUCCAAAUCCUAUAGUUGCAUUUUAAAUUAUUAACUUAUUGUAACUACUAUCUGUUUUUUAAAUUCACCAAGACCAAAUACCAAAUACCUUUAUGAUAAUUAUAUUUUGGGUCAUGUAAUUGGGUUGAAAAAAGUUUAUUUUUCUAAAAUGUUGUGCACAAAUUUGCUUUCAUCUCUGUUAGUGAGAAUUUAUCCUUUGCCAAGAUAAUCCACCCCCCAUAACAGUUUUGGCAUAUGAACACUUCACAUGUUGCAUUUAUACGUUUGUUCAGUAUUCCUGUAAAUCUAUCUAUUUAUCUGUCAUUAA